UCCAUUACUUAAUCGUUAUCGUUACUGAUACGUAUAAGGAAAGUGCUUAGGUACUUAUAUCAAAAGAUUUUCGUAUAUUUUUAUUCUGCCACGGAUAAUUUUACAUGGUUAGAAUUCAUAGAAGUACACUUUCACGAAGUAAAACGAAGUUGUUAAAAAACCUAUAAACGCGAGAAACAUUAAAGUUUUAUUUUCUUACUGCGAAUAAACAUUGAAAAAAACUACUUAACUAGGUAUUUUGUAAUCACACCUACGCGUUACAAGAUAACCAAUAGUACCAACUACCAACCAUAACAAAAGAAAAUAAAUUAGUGGAACCAAUAAUAUAGUACUUAAAUAAACAUAAGUACUGAAAGAGUAUGUAGAGUAUUUACUUACUGCAACUGAGCUAAUUACAUAAUUUGAUAAAUUCAAUUUGUAUUUUUUAUAAACAUGAGAUUUAGUUAUGCUGGUUACAUGUUAUCAAUUAUUAUUGUAAACAAUAUGAUUAAUGUUUGCAAUGGUGAUUCUAAAACAUUACAAAAGAGUCUGAGUGAUGAAAUCUACAAAAGCAUCGACGUGCUCGCUUGGAGAGCUGCUCAAGAUGACUCCAUGAAGGAAAGCAUCAAAACUAGCAUAAAGGAAGCCUUUGAUAAAAUGGGCCCUCAAGAAAAAGCGAAUGAAGCCAAAAUUAUGGAAGCCAUCGACGAAUUAUCUGCACUAUACGCGGCAAUACUGAAGGAGAACAGUGACAGCCCCGCAGGGAACAGGCGGUUCAAUGAUGACCACGGAGCUGUGGAAGAUGAUGAUGAUGACUGCGGAUGUGAUUGUCUGUCUCAAAAGACGUGCUCAAAGAUCACAGCGCUCAAUACAUUCACUUGCAUGUCAGGACAACACGACAUAGCUCUAACGAUGCUGUGUGAUGGCACCUACGACUGCGGGGAUGGCUCAGACGAAGAAAGAUGCGCUCAAACAGCAUUGAAAAAAUUACAAAAAACUAAACUGGUCAUCGCUGCGGCUAAGAAACCAAAGUUCACCAGUUGCUUCGACCAUGACGGUCCAAUAGAUGGAACCAGCAACGCUUUCAGUUCUUUUGUAUCUCGACAGAUAGAUAUUAUGAAGUCACUUGAAACAACUCCUGCUGGCUUGUACAAAGAUAGAAUAGCGAGCGAGAAAGUAGCCAAGGAGGCAGUGGUUGCUGUAAGCUUUGUAGCUAGUACAUUGAACAGAUCUAUCUGUAGUGAAAAAUCAAUACUAGACCUUCAAGAUCAAGGUUUGCCUAUGACCCUUUCAGCGACCUUUGCAUCAGAAGAAGAUCUGUUCGCAAGUGGUUUUACUAAAUGUAGCUGUAUAAACGGCACGUGCAUAGCAACUAAAAAGUGUGCCAAAACGUGUAGACAGAUUUGCAGGAACGAAUAUACGCUGUCACAGUGGCCGUGCUCACCCGUGGAAGACACGGGCCACGCCAGCGUGCCGCUAGACUUGGUAUGUGAUGGAAAACUGGACUGCUGGGAUGAGUCUGAUGAAGCUGACUGCAGAGAAGGAGAAAACAUGGAGAAAUUUAAAGCAAUCACAGAGUUAACGAACACUCUUGAAAUUAUUAAGAAGAAAAUUCAGUCGGCAGAAUAUUCGCCAGUCAAACCGUUCAUAAUCUCCCUUGGAUCAGACCUCAGUCAUUUGCUGAAGCUCAACAUGGCUAUAGACGUCGAUACGGCCAGAAUCAAAACGACAAGGGAUAAUAUAUUUCAAUCGUUAUCAAAAGCAUACAGCGUUAUGGCGAACGAGAAAGCCAGUGCUGCAGUGGAUGUGUACGACUUCUUGGAGGACAUUGGUCAAAGAGUGAUUCGUGCCCUGAAAAGGACUUAUACUGGCAACGCGAGGGUGAUCCAGCCUGGCCAGUGCUUCUGCAGAGAGACGCUCUGUGGUGUCCGCAACUGUACCGAGGAGUGCUCUCUGUCCUGCUCGGCUGACUCAGAGCUGAACCGGUUCCACUGCAGCGCCGCUAGGGAAGUGUCCCUACCGUUGGAUGCUAUUUGUGAUGGGAAAACGGAUUGCCCGAAUGCAGCGGACGAGAUGAAUUGUAAUAAAGAAAUCUGCCAGAAAUUACAUUUUAUAAAGCUACGCGAGGAAAUCACAAAUAUUUCGAAUAAAUUAGCUGAACUUGCGCUUGGAGAGUAUUUAAAGUCUUGGCAAUCGGAGGUCCUUCGCAAAAUUACCACGAAGAGCUUCUACGCGACUAGACCUACCAUUGAAGAUUUGCGAACCAUUGUUCAGUUGGCUUUGAGAGAACUGACCAAUGUCUUUAUAAUUAGUAAGAAUAAGGAUAACCUUAAAACUUUCUCUGUUUUAUCAGAGAACCUGUUAAAUAUCCUUAAAUUAUGUAGUAACUAGGUACAUUGGGGAAAACACUUGUAAGUAUUAAUACUAUGUCUCAAAUAAAAUAUAACAACAGGAAACACGUCUCGUUUCUAUAUAUUUUAC